CAUUCUUUCUUUCAUCAACCAACAACAAGCGAUCCAGUUUCAUACAUAUCUUAAGAAGCUUCAAAAGAAGUCAAACUUUUCAAACCAAAAAUAAAAGAUGGCUUUUGUGAGAAGUCUUUUGGGAGCAAAGAAGAUUCUAAGCCGCUCCACCGCAGCAGCCUCAGCGGCACCAAAAGGGUUUCUUGCAGUGUACGUAGGAGAGAGCCAGAAGAUGAGAUAUUUGGUGCCAAUCUCAUAUUUAAACCAGCCUUCAUUUCAAGCUCUUCUCAGUAAAUCCGAGGAAGAGUUUGGGUUCGAUCAUCCGAUGGGUGGCUUAACAAUUCCUUGUCCUGAAGAUACCUUCAUCAAUGUGACUUCUCGGCUCCAAUGAUUGAUCCAACAUUUUUUUCUUCAUAGUUAGAAAUAGACUUAUUCAUUGUAAAUAGAUGAGCUUUUUUACUCUUACUUCUUGGAAGAGUUGUUCUAAAAGUUUAGAGAGUAAAUGCCAUUUUUAUGCAACAGAAACGAUUCAUGUCAAUACAUUUUUGGAUCGAUCA